AUGUCUUCUCUAAAGAAAAGAAACAUUUCAAAUACAGUAAUUGAUGAAAGUUUGACUAAAGCAGAAUUGAAGGCACAAACAGGAAAGACGUGGGGUCGAGAUAAAGGAUUACUUUAUGCAUUUUUACCAGCCAAAAUUGGUUAUGGACAACAAACACCAGCAGGACAUAUUCUACCAUAUAAAGUGAAUGGGCUUUUGGCAUGGGUUGUAACGCAUUUGAUCUUUAUUUUUGGAGCAUUUUAUUUUGAAUUAUGGAAAGCAUCAAUCAUCCAUGAUAAAUGGGGAGAAUUGUUUGUAGCAGCAAAUAUCUACGGGUUUUUCCUUACAUUCUUUGUUUACAUCAAAGCAUAUGUAAGUCCAUCACAUCCAGAAGAUCGUAAAUUUUCUGGCAGUUUUAUCUAUGAUCUAUUGAUGGGUAUUGAGAUGAAUCCAAGAUUUGGAAAAUAUUGGGAUUUCAAACUGUUUCAUAAUGGAAGGCCUGGAAUAAUUGCUUGGACCUUAAUAAAUCUCUCAUUUGCUGCUGCUCAAUAUAACAAAAUUGGGUAUGUAACGAAUUCAAUGAUUUUAUUGAAUUUUUUGCACUUGGUUUAUGUUUUGGAUUUCUUUUAUAACGAAGAUUGGUAUCUUAGAACAAUUGUUAGAAAUACAGUAGAUUUGCCUUGGGUGAAUUUCUUUGUUAUUCUAUCGAUUGGAUUGGCAGGAUAUUAUAUUUUUAGAGCAGUCAAUCAUCAAAAAGAUGUUGUAAGAAAAACCAAUGGUAAUUGUAAGAUUUGGGGAAAACCAGCCAAAGUUAUCAAAACACAAUAUUUAACAAGUGAUGGAAAAAUCCAUUCAAGUCUUUUACUUGUUAGUGGAUACUGGGGCAAGUAUUAA